CAGCCACUCUGCUCCCUUCCCUCAGAGCAGCAGCGGGACCUGCUGGAGCAGCCUCGGGUAGCCUUGGAGACUGAGAAACCACCCGAAUCCUGACCCUGGGGAGAGAAAAUCCAUGGGGACUGGAAUGAGCAAGAUUGUCACCGGCCUCUAUCUGGGGAAUAUUCAUGACUCUGAGGACCAUGAGAACCUGCUGAGCAAGGGGGUGACCCACAUCCUGUCCGUGCACAACCGCGCCAAGCCCGUGCUGGAGGACAUGACCUAUCUGUGUAUCUCAGCCUCGGAUUCAUCCAGUCAAAACCUGCUGCAGCAUUUUAAGGAGUGCAUCCAGUUCAUCCACGAGUGCCGGCUCGGAGGGGGAGGCUGCCUGGUGCACUGCCUGGCCGGGGUGUCCCGCAGCAGCACGGUGCUGGUGGCAUACCUGAUGACAGUGACAGAGCUGGGCUGGCAGAGCUGCCUGGCUGCCACCAGGGCCGUGCGUUCCUACGCCAGCCCCAACCCCGGCUUCCAGCAGCAGCUGCAGGAGUACGAGAGCACCCUGCUCCACGAGUACCGCGCCUGGAUCCGCCGGGAGUACGGCAGGAACCCCUUCCAGGACCAGGAGGAGCUGCAGCGGCUGCUGGGGCAGCAGCAGGGCAGCAGGGAUUGCUCCUGGCCCCGCUCCUUGGCUCCCUCCUUGCCCUCUCCCUGCCACACAGCUGGCACCACCGCUGGCACCACCGCUGGCACCGCUGCUGGCAGCAGAUGCACCAGCAGAUAACCAGCCAGGCUGUCCCCAGGCAGGGAAAACUCACUUUUCCCUUUGCCAAGCACCUCCAGGGAUGCGUGGCUAGGGCACAAAGCUGCCAGCACCAGCCUGGGCUCCAGGGGGACAGGAGCCACAGACCCCCCAUGCCAGCUGCCAGCUCCAGCUCCAGGCUGGCAGCGCCCUGCUCUGUCCCAUGCCCCAUUCCCAG